GCGAUAAUGGUUGUGGCAAACUGGUUUCAGAAGGAUCCAUAGCACCGUUACCACCCAUGGUGGAUGAUACCUAUAUUAAACCUCCUCCCGGUAUUGAUCCGAAGGUAACAAUAUUUAUUGGAAUUCUGACCGUGUACGAAAAGAUCGAGAUAAGGAAUUACCUGCGUGAUAUGUAUAAGCACAAUAACGCAGCACUGGCACGAUAUCUUGGAGUUCAGGAAUCUCCUGUAACGAUUAAGUUUUUUUUGGGACUUCCAAAGGACGGAAAAGUAGAUAAGAUAAACAAAGAAUCAGAAAAGUACGGAGAUAUGGUUGUGUUGAAUAUCACGGAAAAUAAGGAAGAGGGAAAGACACUCAAGUUUUUUGAUUGGUUCGCUGAGAACGCAAGUAUUCUUAGAAAUGACAAUUAUAUGUUGAAAGCGGACGAUGAUAGUUUUAUCCACCUUAUUCAUUACUACCGCGAUAUUCAAGAUUUGCCGAGAGAACGAGCAUACUAUGGUCUAUUACUUAAUUAUACUUUGAUCAACGAAGGAACCAACGUCUACAUGUGGGGUAUGGGAUACACGAUUUCCCGCGACCUCGUCAUGGACAUC